AUGGCCAUGCACCGUCUAUGGAAAGCAACUGCUGCUUUUCUUUUUGUAUUUUUAUCUUCGACAGCAGACGCCCUUCAGGUUACACCGGGUUCCAAGUGCGCCAAGGCCUGCCUUAAUGCGGGGAGCGACAACCCGUGGAAGGCGUCCGACUCCAACACAAACAUCACGGAUGUUACCUGUUCAGACUCGAAAUACCUAGACACAGCCGCCGGCCAACAUUACCAAAGGUGCCUCACUUGUUUGCAACGGAGCAAUAGGGUGUGGGACGGCGAGACGGAUUUAAAGUGGUUUGUCUACAACCUUCGAUACACACUCGACGCAUGCCUCUUCUCAAUACCUUCAACACCAAUAGACGACGGCAACAUAUCAUGCUCUACGAACGGUGCUUGCCGUUCUCUCAAAACCUCGCUAUCCAACGACGACCUUGAACCAAAUCCGAACAAAGCUUGGGACUACUGCGCAGCCGACGAUGGAAACUUUAUGAGCCAAAAUCAGUCAUCGUGCCGCGACUGUCUACGGAACAGCAAGGAACAAGCCUACAUGGCCAACUUCAUCACCGCUCUCGAAGCGGGCUGUCGUCAGACGCCCAACGAUGGCGACGUGUUGGGCCUCAGCGCCACGGUCUUUUCCAAAACCACCGUCGACAUUAUCGACCCGGAACGCGUCACCAACCCCGACGAGCCAUCCGGCAAGCUGCCCGCGCCCGCCAUUGCCGGCAUCGUCGUCGGCGUCGUGUUAGUGUGCACGAUUGCCGUGUGUCUGCUCAUCGCGCACUGCCGCCGCGAGCGCCGUCACGGCAGCUGGUCCGACCCGUACGACUCGGAGCCGCAGCACAGCCCGUACCGCUCUCCGACCGGCUACGGCGCGGGGUCCAAGGGUCACUUCGUGCGGCCGUACCGCGGCGACCAGGCGUACGCGGGCGGUGGAGGAGGGAGCAGCCGCGGCAACAGCGAGAAGACGACGCCCGUCACGGCCACCCAGCACACGGGCAGCCGGUUCCCCAACGGCGGCAUCGAGCUGCGCAGCACGCCCGUGCACUACGAGCACGACCUAAAGGGCUACCGGCAGCGCUCGCAGACGUCCAUUGCCACGCCGGCACCGACGUACGCCGGCGGCGAAAACAACCAGCACGACGACGACGACGCGCGUCGGGGCCGCACGCCGCCUCGCAAGCCGAGCAGAGACGACGGCUACUACUUUGGUGAGCGAGGCGGCGACUACAAGUCGCCGCCGCAGCCGCCUGCCUCUGUCAGCCUCGGCCUGCCCGCCAACCCGCGCCGACGCUCCAACACGCCCGACUCGUUUGCCGAGCAGGCCUACAUGGCCGCGGCCGAGGAGUCGGAGCGCAUCGCGGAGAGGCACGCCGCCGCGUCGCGCGCCUCGCAGCAUCUGUCCCCUAUACCCUCCUCCCCCGGCGACGCCACCUCGAAUCGCGACAGCCACAACGGCAGACUGCUCGCGGCCCUGUUGCCCACCUCCAUCACGUCCAAGCUCAAGGUCCCGAGCCUGUUCCGCUCCUCGUCGCCCCGGCGGCCGAUAAGAAACAUCUCGGCUCCCAUCCUCGCGACCGAGCCCCGGUACUCCAUCGCCCCGCGGGGUCCCGUCAUUGUUGACCCCCAGAGGCAGAAGCGUGUCAGCCCGCGCGCCGUGCGAAACGCGAGUGACGUGUAUGGAUGA